UUCCCACGCAAACACUUGUUGGGGAAGUAGAGAGAGCAGGAAAUGCAGCAUACAGUCUCGGUCGUUAGUUGCAACGUGCCCCAUUCUCUCUCUCAAUUGUGCAAAGUCAAGUCAGUUAAACACCCGUAACACACUCUCUCUGCAUAAUUCACCUGACUCGUGUUCUUUGCUUCACUUCCUCAUAGUUUAUCACUAAUUUGUCUCUCGUUUUUAUUUGCAAAUAUAUAUUUUACUGGGAUCCCUUUCUCUUAGUUUCUUUCUAUUAUUCGUUCUCUCUCUCUCUCUCUCUCUCUCUCUCGCAUCACAGCCCCCAUUAAUCUCUCUCUCUCUGAAAAUGCUGACCGUUGCAAGCCGCAUAAACCCGCCUCUCUCUCUUGCCCCAACUGAGAUCCCUCACCCAAUUCUCCCCUGCAAGUCCCAUGAACCCCAAUCUCCAUUUCUCUCUCUACUUCAAAAUUGCGAAAAUCUUAACCAACUCAAGCAAAUCCAUGCUCAUAUCAUCAAAAACCCACCCCCCAACACCCGAAUUCUCCUAAACAAACUCAUUCAAACUAGUUGCAGUCUAACCCACAUAGACUUUGCACGCAAAGUCUUCGACCAAAUUCCCGAACCAACCGUCUUUCUAUACAACACUAUGAUAAGAGCUUAUGCAUCAAACAAUUCCCGUAAAGAAGGAAUCCUUCUCUAUCUAGAGUUGCUGCACAAAGGCCCAAACCCUGAUGAUUUCACCUUCCCCUUUCUCCUCAAGGCAUGCGAGUCUCUCUCUCUAGGGAAACAAAUUCAUGGCCAAAUCUUAAAAACCAGUGUUUCCUCGUCCGAUGUGUACUCGCAAACUUCUUUGGUCACCUUCUACUUGGGCAUUGGGGAAUUGGAACUGGCAAGAAAAGUUUUCAAUAAGAUGCCUGAGAGAAAUGUGGUUUCUUGGACUGCCAUGACUACUGGUUAUGUGCAAGCAAAGAGGUUUGAUGAAGCAUUGGGAUUGUUUCAUGAGAUGCAGGUUGGUGAGGUUGAGCCAAAUGGGGUCACUCUGGUUAAUGUCCUCUGUGCUUGUGCUCACCUUGGUGCAGUGGAGAUGGGCAAAUGGGUUCAUGGGUACAUUGAUAGGAAUAUGAAUAGGAUUGAUUUUAAUGCAGCUUUGGGCACUGCUCUCCUAGACAUGUAUGUUAAAUGUGGAUACAUAAAGAAAGCACUUAGAGUUUUUGAAGAUAUGGAUGAUAAAAGAAGUGCUUUUAUGUGGAAUGCAAUGAUUGGGGGCCUAGCCAUCCAUGGCCUAGGUGAAAAGGCCCUAGAGCUUUUUUCACUCAUGCUUGCUAGUGAUCUAAAGCCAGAUGAUAUAACUUUUAUUGGUUUGCUAUGUGCAUGCACUCACUCUGGUUUAGUGGAUAAAGGCAAAGAGUAUUUCUAUGCAAUGGAGAUAGAUUAUGGAAUUGUGCCUAGCAUUAAGCACUAUGGAUGCUUGGUGGACCUUCUUGGAAGGUCAGGCCACUUAAAUGAGGCCUAUAAGACUGUGAAAAAGAUGCCCAUGAAACCAAAUGGGGCAGUUUGGGGUGCCUUGCUUAAUGCUUGUCAUGCUCACAGUAAUGUAGAAUUAGCUGAGAUUGUCAUGGAGCACCUUAUUGAAUUGGAGCCGUUGAAUGAUGGGAAUUAUGUGCUAAUGUCAAAUAUAUAUGCCGCCUCUUGUCGAUGGGAUGAUGUAGCAAAGGUUAGAAGGUUUAUGAAAGACAGAGGAAUCGAGAAAACCCCAGGUUGCAGUUCAAUAGAGGUGAAUAAUGUGGUCCAUGAAUUUAUGGUUGGAGAUGCGUUGCACCCACAAUCAAAGGAGAUAUACUCGGUGUUGGAGGAUGUGGCAGCGAGGUUGAGGGAGGAAGGAUACAUUCCAAGGACAAGUUUUGUGCUGCAAAACAUAGAUGAGGAGGAGAGGGAAAGUGCGUUAUGCCAUCAUAGUGAGAAGCUGGCAAUAGCAUUUGGGCUCAUUAGCACGAGUCCUGGGAGCACUAUAAGGGUGGUGAAAAAUCUUCGGGCUUGUGGGGAUUGCCACGAGGCCACAAAGUUGAUUUCGAAGAUUUAUGAUCGGGAGAUCAUUGUACGGGAUCGGAAUCGAUUCCACCAUUUCAAGGAUGGAACUUGUUCUUGUAGGGACUUUUGGUGAAAUGAUACAUUUCGGGUUUUUUGAUUUAUAUUCUUUGUGACAAGCUGGAACAAUAGAUCUCAUGUAAGUUAUGGAAUUCUCCUUUGUGUAAAUUCCAGAUUUUCAUGCA